UCUCAAUCAUGACACACCGGAUAUUUUUUUCCCACUACGCGGCGUAGUUGCUGUCGUGAGGUCCUGCUGUUCUUGAGUGCGAAUCUGUCGAUGGCAUGGGGCCUGGCAUGCCAGUCAAGGUGCCGUCAACGGUUGCUCUCCACCCGGACCUGAUCUGGAUAACGUUUUAUCCAGUACUAGAGGUAAGGAUGGAGCAGAUUUCCAGCGCCCCUUCUUCCUAAUAAACAUGUCUGUUGAGAUGACGCAUGGUAUUCCCUGCGUGUAUUACCUAUGCGUUCUUGUCCAUUCUUUGUUUCUCAGAGGUAGUUGACUGUUCUUUGGAGACGUCAAAGAAUUGGACCCAAAGCUUGCAUGUGACAUUUGCGAGACAUAAAGGUCGCAAGGUAUCCUCCCUUUUUCAUCUCGUUUUCCGUUUGUUUUCAUCCCAACCAGCGCCACAACAACCAUCAAGAUGGCACCAUUUAAACGGCAACAUGAUUGCUAUCCCGCGGUCGGCGGCGGCGGCUCUGCCGCGAAUGCACGUGCCGGCACCUCGGUAUAUGAUAUUCCAAUUUUACUCCUUAUUGACUCUCUGCGUUUGGAAGCUCUGUGUCACUACGUUUGCAUCCUUCACGUUAGCAGUCAUUGCAAUCCAUCAAGUGUUGGAUGUCGAUUAUCAAUGGUCUUCGCCUACCUUUGACUCCAUUCCCAUUAUUCCAUUUCAUUCCCAUCAUCGCGUCUUUCUCACCUGGCGAUGACUUUGCUCUGUGCCAAAACUGGGACCUCACAGUCACCAGAGGCCGCCGCGCAUGUAGUCAAAAUGCCGAGCACACGGACCCAGGAGGACCGUUCACUUACCCCCAAAUCCAAAACACCCG